AUGGCAUCGUCGCUCCGUGCAGCGAGCCCUGCGUUCUCUAUGUUCUCAGGUAUCGGCGCGCGCACGGCGCCUGCACCUGCCUCGCGGACAGACAUGCUGGCCACGAUCACGUCGGAGAGCAAGGGGGGCAAGCAGAGCGAGGAGAGUAAGGAGGGCGUUGAGGCGCAUCGUCAACGCGAACUACGCUGGAUCUCAGCAAUCUCGAGUGUACCAGCAGCACAGGCUCGCAAGAACAAGAAAGUACGGAAACUGCUCUGGGAGGGCGUGCCAGCGAGCGUGCGGUACAUCGUCUGGGCACACCUGACCGAUAGUAAAGCAAAGCGCACCGAGAACGUAUACUACAAGCUCACCCAGCGCGAGCGUGUGCCGGCGGCGGCAAACAUUGAACGCGAUCUCAGAAGGGUCUUUCCCGAAGACCACCAGCUGCAUGAUGGUUCGUUGUUGAAUGUCCUUCAGGCGUACCUCAUGAUGGUACCGGACACCCACUAUAGUCGGGGGCUAACUGUCAUUGCUGGCCACCUGCUUCUCCAGUCGCCGGAAGAAGAUGCAUUCUGGACAUUUGUGUCGCUCAUGGACACCCACGUACGAUCGUAUUUUUCUGCGAGUCCUGCGCAGAUGGAGAUCGACUCGACAUUGUUUGGAAAGGCUGUCGAAUCCAAUGAUUCGGCGAUGGCCAAAAAAGUGUUCGUAGAGAUGGACAUCCCGCCUACCAGUCUCUGCCGCCCAUGGUUCACCGCUCUCUUCCUCGAAGCGUUGCCGCUAGAGCAUUCGCAGCGCGUUUGGGAUAUUUUCCUGUUCGAAGGCGCGCCAUUCCUCUUCCGAGUCGGUUUGGCGAUUAUGAUGCGCUGCAAGCAGCAGGUGAUGCAGUGUGCGCAGCGGGACAUGAUCCUUAAUCUACUUCUCCAUCCGCCGGCGUCUAUGCUACCUGCGACGGCGGACGCGUUCCUCGAACUAACAACUGCGGUGAAGCUCAAGGACGAGGAUGUACGUAAGCAGCGGGCAAAGCUCGCCGAGGCGCAUGUCAAGCGGCAGAAUCUGGCGCGAACGUUUGCGUCACAGGCAGGCCUGCCUGGACUACCUGCCAUCUCCCUCCCUCGAAAAUAG